ACCAACCUGGUCACAUCCACUGUCACCGUCGCCGCCGCAACCCUUCAACAGGCGAGGGUCUUCCAGCCCGCGCGGCUGUUCGGCGUCACGACCCUCGACGUAGUGCGAGCCUUCGUCUUCACCGGCCAGGCAUUGAGCACUGACCCAACGCGUCUCCGCGUCCCCGUGAUAGGAGGGCACAGUGGCGCGACGAUCGUGCCGCUGUACAGCCAGGCGCAGCCGCCUAUCCACGCCGAGGAGGCAACUCUUGCUGGUCUUGUGCAUCGCGUGCAAUUCGGCGGCGAUGAGACUGUCACGAGUAAGCAGGGCGCCGGGAGCGCCACGACGUGCAUGGCGUAUGCGGGGCUCCGGUUCGUCAAGGCUGUACUGGCCGGGUCGCGGGGGGAGGAUGUCACUGAGGAGGCUUUUGUGUAUGUACCUGGUAGUGAAGGGGGGCGUGAGAUGGCGGAGGAGCUUGGGGUGGAGUACUUCGCUGUGCGGACGGUGCUGGGGCCGGAGUCUCCGUUUGGUGAUGUCGAUGGUAAGGAGAGGGAGAUGGUGGAGGUUGCAGUUCGGGAGCUGAGGACGAAUGUUGCAAUAGGAUUGGGGUAUAUGCGUUGA